AUGGCCUUCAAGCAUGGGCUGAGCGAACGCCUCGACGAGCUGCGAUUCCCCUCCUCACGAUCCCCGCCAUCGGAGUCUGCGUUCCCUGGAUACACUUCUCUUUCCCCGGGUCAUUCAAACUUUGGAUCGGGAUUCUCGUCUCACCCAGCUGGUGAGGUUCGAGCAAACUUGCAACGUCGGUUUACGACCGAUUCAAGCAAGUUCUCGUCAUGGAAUUCUUUGAAUCCAAGCUCGGGAUCUGGCUCGAGCUCUGGCUCUGGUUCCGGCCAGAUGCAAGAUCCAGUGGAUUUGCUGUCUUCGUUUGAGAAAAAGAGACAGCACAUCGAGUACAUGCGUGAACAAAAACGCCGUUUCGAAGAGGAUAUGAAAAUCCUGGAUCUUCAGCACGCUCGCGAGAAACUGGAGAUGGAGCAGCUCGCCCGGGACUUGGCUCAGGCUGGCAUCUCUGGGCCAGUCAGUGAGCCAACUACCCCACCUGAGUACCGUGAUACUACCGUGUCGAGUGCAUUUAGCCGCCCUGCUCGUUUCUCCACCUCGAGCGUGACAUCUUCUCCCGGCUUUUUCAAUGCCUUUGCUCCUUCAGCCUUAAACUCGCCCCAGGCUGCCUCCCAGCCAGUUCAGCCGUCCAUUGACCGAUCUACCGGACACUCGGUCCCUGGCUCACGCCGAAACUCCGAGAAGGACGACUUGCUUGCUGAUCCUACUUCUCCCUUCCGACCAGGCCCAUCUGCUGCUCAUCGAUACUCGCUGCCCUCCGGUAAUCCAAAUGGACAGUCUCAUCAGUCCAGCAUCUCCGGUUUGAAUGGAUCACGCCUUGAUACAUUCAAUGUUCCCAAGUAUCUUUUCCCCAGUGAUGACGAGAAGCCUCAUAAUCACCUGAGGGAGUUGGAACGCCUAUCAACCCCUGAUAUCAAGAGUUACAUCAAGUUGACCGAGCCUGAUGACAAGUUUCUAACUCUGUCCCGUCGUGGUGACUUGAAUAUGUUGUCGGCGAACCCUGAUGCUCAUGAUCUAGCCAACCCUCGUGCCCGAGGCUCCGAUACGUAUUCCAACCACAGUCGGCACCGAUCAUCUCAUCAGAGUAUGCCGCAGAACAUCCACAACUUUGGGCGUUUGAACCAGCUUGGGAGCCAGAAUUACGAGGAUCACGGCGGCAACUCUGUCCACCCCUCACGCCACAGUGCUCGUCGUUCCAUGGGAAGCCAGAUCACCUUCUACGAUGACCGCCACGAUGGGAUUGUAACCCCUGUAUUCUCGAGUCGGCCCAACGCUCUGCAGUCAUCAUACUCAACUAAUGAUCUGUCUACCAUCAGGGGAAAUGAAGCUGACAACGCAACUACUCCCCCAAAGACUCACAACGAGCACAUGCAUCACCACAUUACAAGCAUGGGGCGUAUUUCCCAGGGUGGUGUGAACAGUCAAGUCAAGGCCGAGUUUGAUGAGACCGAGUUCUACGAUAAUCAAUCUACUUUACACGCAAGCGCUCCACCCUUCGGGCCUCAGCUCACUUCGACUGCAUCUACCAGCCAUGUUCCGAGUUCGGUUGUUCAAAUGGGCUUGCCAUUCCAAGUCCCUGCGGUUCCUGCCUUCAAUUAUGGAAUCCAGUCCUACAUCGGCCAAACAACUCCGAUAAAUGGCCACAUGCAAAACUUCGGAGGAUCUUCUGCUUACAACAACGCCUAUUCUGGCUACGGUUCUGGGUUCCGCUCUAAUGAACCUGCGGCCCGAGGGAAUAUGGCUCAGCGUCGCCAAGAUAACGAUGCGACCCAGCUCACUCGUUUCGGUAACUACCCCUUGGAGCACUACAAGGGUGAGUUGUACAGCCUGUGCAAGGACCAGCAUGGUUGCCGUUACUUGCAACGCAAGUUGGAGGAGCGAAACCAGGAGCAUGUGCAGCUGAUAUUCAGUGAGACAUACAUGCAUGUUAUUGAGCUCAUGACUGAUCCAUUCGGUAAUUAUCUUUGCCAGAAGUUGUUGGAAUAUUCCAACGAUGAACAACGUACUGCUUUGAUAAACAAUGCUGCCCCUGAGCUGGUUAAGAUUGCCUUGAAUCAGCAUGGAACUCGUGCACUGCAGAAGAUGAUUGAAUUUAUCUCGACCCCCCAGCAGACUCAGACAGUAAUUAAUGCACUGCAGUAUCACGUCGUUGAUCUUGUACAGGAUCUGAAUGGCAACCACGUUAUUCAGAAAUGCCUCAACCGCCUCUCUCCGGAGGAUGCUGAGUUCAUCUACGAGGCUGUUGGAGGCAAUUGUGUUGUUGUUGGUACUCAUCGCCAUGGAUGCUGCGUCCUUCAGCGUUGCAUUGAUCAUGCUUCCGGUCAUCAGAAGGCUCGUCUUAUUUCGCAGAUUACCUCGCACUCGUUCGCUUUGGUCCAGGAUCCCUUCGGAAAUUAUGUUGUGCAAUACAUUCUGGACCUUGCGGAGCCCAGCUUCACCAACCCACUGUGUGCUACCUUUGGAGGCAACAUUCCUCAGCUGUCCAAGCAAAAGUUCAGCUCCAACGUGAUCGAGAAGUGCCUCCGAACUGCUGACAACUACAUGAAGCGUGAGAUGAUUGAUGAAUUCCUCAUGGGCAAUGAGCUUGAAAAGAUGCUGCGUGAUUCGUUUGCGAACUAUGUUGUUCAGACGGCCAUGGACUUCUGUGAUCUCGAGACUCGCAAUCGCAUUGUGGAGGCUGUUCGUCCUAUUCUUCCGUCUAUCCGCCAAACUCCUCAUGGUCGUCGCAUUGCUGGAAAGAUCAUGGCUGCGGAUGCCAACAGCCGCAGCAACGGAAGCAGCGCUUCUACCAGCGGCCAGGCUACCCCUAAUGAAAUGAGCAGCACUACACAGAUUCCUAAGAACUUGCUGCAGAAACCAUUCAUAUACCAUCAGCCGGGUCCUCAGAGUACUCAGUCUUCGAGCUCAUCCGGCGUAUGCAGCACCCAGACCUAUGUGCCUCAGUCCUCCCAGAGCUCUGUCUCCAACACUCCUUCGGGACAAAGUGACACCUCAUCUGUUUACACUGCGCCCACUCCUCAGCUGUCUGUGAAGCUUGGUCCGCAGCAAAUCCAGAACUACUUCUGA